UAUAAUCAAGUGUUAGUGGAGAGUUUCCGGGAAGGCAAAACAAUUUAGUGACGUUAAUAUCAAUCAAUGUCGAUAUUUAUACGAUGGCAAUAUUAGUCCAUAUAUGUAAUACUUCUAUAUGGACAGUUUCUAUAAGUGAAAGCUGUUCCGACUAAGGAAGACAGAAUGGCAACGAUUUCUCUAUCCUCCGAGGUUCCAGCUCGGCUUUGCGCAUUCUUAAGCAUGCGCAGUAUAGAUAAUGUGUCUCGAACGAGAGAGAAAAUGAAUAUUGUCGGCACCGUAACGUAGGAAUAAUAUGUAUUACGCGGCCCCUAGAUCCUACCAUAACAUUGUGUGGCGCUUAGAAUUAAACGAUCAAUUAAAUUGUACAAUAAACAAACUGCUGCGCAAUAUUCUCGUGUUUAGUCGAAGAAUAUUUUGAUCCCGUGUGCACUGUGCGUAAAGCAACAUGUCCGAACAACAUAUGCCUGCUGCUUUAGUUGUGUUGCGAACACGUCGAAAAAUUGGUACAAGGAAAUACACUCAUGAAAAUAUUUUAAAAGAUUUGAUGAUAUAUGAGGAAGCAGACUUGAAAAAUUUUGUACCCCUUCCAGUAGUUAGUUCUCAAAGAAUUGAAUUUUUUGAGAAUGUUUCGUCAGCAUCAAUUUUUUUAUCACGGUCAUGAUAUUCCUUACUCAUGUUAUUCCACAAAUAUGUACAAUUGGAUACAUUCGACGAAAAACGUGGUGCAAUAAAAAUUAAACUCACUCAAACUUUUGUUCAAUCUUCAAUAUUAACCCUUAACGAUCAAUAAUAUUGCACAAUUCGUAAUAUUGCUCAAUAAAAUUGAUUGUGUAGGGGCCGCUUUAGUCAAACACGAAUUGUCUGUGGUUGUUACAUAAGAUAGCAUUAGAUGGCUAGUGUAUGGUCUUCUAUAUCAACUACACGUGACCACUAGGUGGCAGCAGAACGGACGUCAAGAGAAACGUCAGUAGCACUCCUGCGCUUAUCUUUCAUCUUGUAAAUGUUAUAUGUUUCUUUAAUAAAACAGUAUUCAAAAAGUCCUGACUAUAAUUUAAAAAGUUAUAAAACAUGUAACAGUGGUAAAAUGUCACUAGAAAUGUGAACGCCUCUUUGAUGUACAUCUAUAAUAUUACUAAAUCUAAAAGCCACAAAUUUCUACAAAGUUAAAAAAGCGUUGUGCGCUUUUAACUCAUUUAUACUUGACAUGCCUCAUAAAGGCGGCGGACAAAUUGAGACAGAACCCGAAAUGCAACGAGAUGUUGUGAAAUAUUAAUCGUUAGGUUGAGUUAGGCGGCACGAACUUUGCCGGGUCGGCUAAUUCCACAUAUGUUUGUUUCAAUUUUAUAAACGAGUGUCUGUAUUACAGAAAUCUACAUGACACACCCUCUAUUUAUGAAAAUUCUUAUUAUUAUUACUAAGUAAUACAUUAUAAUGAAAAUUAAUGGAAACUGUAUUUAUUUUUUGGACUAAGGUCGUUGUCCCCAUUUUUCCAAUAUCGGACGGUUUUUAACCUAACUUUUUAAAAUAUAUUUGAUAUUUUUGUUUUGUUUAGUUAUUUCGAGAAUAAUGGAUUGUCAGCUUCGGUUUUGUUAAAGUUAUAUACGUAAUGCGAAUAAAGUAUUUCUUCUAUAUAUUCUGUUAUCUUCAAGAAAAUAUAAACAGAAAGAUUUUGGGUGAGAAAUAUUUAUAGAAAUCUAAAGUGCAAGGAUGGAGAUAUGCAAAAUAUCAAUUUUGUAGUAUUACUCACAUAUUGAACGCUUUUAACGAUAAUAAAAGUGCGGAUUUAUAGCAAAACAAAUUACUAAACAAUUUACCAAGUGUAAAUAGCCAUUUUUUGAGAUAUAACUGAAAAAUUACAUUAGACCUCUAAGUAAACAAGAGGAGGAACAAAAGGUUAAAAGUAUUGUUACCAGCCACACACAUAGAGAAUUGAUUUUAAAAGAUAAGAAAUACAGCUUUGAAAGAGUUUUUAAACCUAGUGCUACCCAAAUUGAACUAUAUGUAAAUGUGAUAGCUCCUAUGAUACUUGAUGUAGUUGAUGGAUAUAAUUGCACAGCUUUUGCUUAUGGACAAACAGGAACUGGAAAAACCUUCACCAUGAUGGGGGAGAAAUGUAAUCUUGUGGGUAACUGGAAACAGGAUCCCGAUGCUGGGUUGAUACCAAGAGCAGCAUUUCACAUUUUUGAUGAACUUAGUAAAUUAUCAAAUAUAGAUAUAAAUGUUAAGGUGUCAUUCAUUGAAUUAUAUAAUGAGGAAAUUAGAGAUUUGUUAAGUGACGAUGAAAAUACAUUACAGAUGUAUAGUGCUCCCAAAGGCUCAGUUUCCAUCCAAGGAUUGACAGAAAUUUCAGUACAUAGUGGUGAAGGUAUUUGUAAGUUAUUACAAAGAGGAAUUAUGAAAAGACAGAUAGCUCCUACACUAAUGAAUCAUCAAAGUUCCCGGUCACACACAGUUUUUUCUAUUGUUGUCAAUACCAGGGAAACUACAAUAUCAGGUGAUGAUAUCCUUAAAACUGGUAAAAUAAAUUUGGUGGACUUGGCCGGUAAUGAAAAUAUUGCUAGAUCUGGCUGUAAGGACAUGAGGGCAAUGGAGCUGGCAAAUAUUAACAAAUCUCUUUUGACACUUGGUAGAGUUAUUCAAGCUUUAGUUGACAAAUCACAAAAACAUGUACCAUACAGAGAUUCGAAACUUACAAGAAUCCUCCAAGAUUCUUUAGGAGGACAUACAAAGACAGUAAUUAUUGCAACCAUUUCACCUGCCAGUAAUUCAUAUGAAGUGACCGCUAGUACUUUAGAAUACGCUAGUAGAGCUAGAGAUAUAAAGAAUACCCCAACAGUUAAUGAAAAAAUGACAAAACAUGAAAUCAUUAAUAGUUUAGUUGAAGAAAUUGACAGGUUACAAAAAGAUUUGGAUGCAGCUAGAUCAGGUACAGGAUUUUACGUUGAUAAGGAUAACUAUCAAAAGAUGUUGGAUGCAAUUAUAGCUGUAACUGGAGAAAAUAUUACAGCAGAAGAAUUAACUGAAAAGAAAGCAGAGAGAAUUAAACAGUUAGAGGAUCGAAUGUAUUGCAAAGUCAGAGAAUUUGAAGAGACUGUUGUGCAAUGUAUGAAACAACGAGAGGAAUUAGAAGCUGCAAAAGCCACCAUAAAGGAACAGGAUGAGUACUUAGAACAAGAGAAGUUUCUUUCAAAAUGGUACGAAAAUCAAACCAGUGAAAAACUUGAAGAAGCAAAAAAAUUAUUGGCAGCUACAAAAAAUUUACACAGUGAAAAAGAAAUCCUAUUAGCCAAAUUGGAACAUCAGUUCACAAUAAACGUUUCGAAUGAACAAAUAACACAGAAGGCGGUAGGAAACGUUUUAAAAAUGUUGGAUCAAUUUGGAAACGAAGAAACUGAAAAAUUUAUGUGCAGUGAAAACAAAAUCAAAAACAAGAUUAGUGAAAGGAUAUUUGAAUUUAAGGAGAAUUUGCAGAAGUCUUCAAAUACUUUCAAAAAUAUUUCAAUUGAAUUUGAAUCAACAGUUAAAGAUUCAAAAAAUGCAUUAUGCAUAAAAAACAAUAUUUUAUCUAAAUCAAAAUAUUACAUUAAUAAAAUUAAUGAAAAAACAAAAAUUAUCGAAGACAUCUUUAAUCAACAUGAAAAACUAAUUGAUGUACUGAAUUUAGAGGUACCCAAAACUGUUGAAUUUUAUAAAAAAAAUUCAGAAAGGGUUUACAACAGAGCAAACCAAAUGAGAGAAUUGGAAGAGUUUAGUAACAGUAUAGUAAAAGAACAACAUAAGGUAAAUUCUAGUUUAGAACAGAUGUUAAUAGAAAAAAUAGAAGGCACCCAAAAGGAAAUCAGAGAAAACCAAACAGAAAUCGAAAAAACUGAUGCUAAAAUGGUGAAAUUGCAAGAAAAGAAAAUAAUUUUGGAAAAAAAGAAAAUCAGUUUGAAAAAAAAGAGUGAGGAAUAUAGCGAAAGUUUGAAAAAGCACAGAGAGGAUAUGGAAAAAAGAGAAAAAGCUAUAGAAGAAAGCAUAAAAGAAAGAUUAAAUACUCUAGAACAAAUUGUUGAUGAAUCUUACAAAUCUAUGCAACAUUCUAUGCAACUUCCCAUUUUAUGUAAACAACAAGGAAACCAAGUGCAAGAAUUGUUAACUUAUUUGAAAGAUUUUGAUAAAAAGUUGAAAGAUGUUACUUCGGAUUUGGAAAACAAAUAUGAUGAGAUAACAGUACACACUUUAGAAAAUUAUAAGAAAUGUAUUUUGAACACCUGCGAGGAUGUGGAUAAAACGUUGGAUGAAAAAGUUAAUGUAUUAUUAGAAAACAUUGAGAUCAUGAUGGGAAAAUCAGAAACAUUAGAUUCGUUCAGAAAUUUUAUCAGUAAAGUUAAGGAGAUUCUUAAUCAACAAGUAUUAGAAAAAAAUAUAAAAGCCACACAUGCAGGAGACACGCCUUGUAGAAAUUCGACAUCUUAUCCUACCAAAAUAAAAGAGGUCACGCCGAGGGAAGCUCUUAUUAAAAAAUUCAAAGAUGCCGCAAUAAAAGAGGAUUUUAGUAAUUAGCUGUGAUUUUAAACUUAUUUUAAUACUGUAUAUAUAGAUAUAUUUUAUUUUUUUUUUGGUGCGAAUAUCUUUACCUUGUAUUCAUUGUAAAUAAAAUAUAUAUACGAUUAAGAAA